AUGCCUCGAAAGGAGAUGGCCUCGCCAGCCAAGCGCCGCCCGCCCCCAGCCACGGGGGCCAAACCCGGCAACAGCAGCACCAGCAACAACAGCACCAACACCAGCAACCCUCGUUCCCCCCCUCGACCAACUCGUACCUCGCCGAGUAGCGCUCGCACGACCAAUACCAAAACCAACAACUCGACCGCUGUCCCUAGCACCCUUAUAUCACCUCCUCCACGCGCCGCCCUAAGCGGCGCUUCCUCCCCAGCCCCCGAUAACCCGCGCAACACCACAUCCGCCACCGCUUCCACAGACAGUCCCCGACUCGCCCCGAUCCGAGCCUCAUCUCGCAACCCCUCACCCGCCCCAGCCCUCCCCCCACGAAAUCUAGCGACAGCAAACGCAGCAUCCAUACACCCCCCAGCACCAUCACACCCACCCGACAUGAGCCCCCUACCCAACCAGCCCAGCCACACCGGGCCAACCUCUGCCUCGGCCUCUGCCACGGCAACAGCAUCCGCCGUAGCAACAUACCAAGCCGCCCUCCGCGAGCGUGACCUGCGCAUCGCCUCGCUGGAGCGCGAGCUGGCGCUGAUGGAGUCUGAGUUUAUACGUGAGCUGGAUAAACUGAGCACUGCGGAGAGCGAGACGGCGGCAUUUUGGCAGGGGAAGUGUGCGGUUUUGGAGGAGCGGGUGGCGGGGUUGUUAUCACAGGGAGCUGGCGCGGGGGGUGUACAGGUUGGGGUUGGAGGUGGGAAUGGAGUUGGGGGUGGGCAUGGGAGUUGUACGAGGGAGUUGGAGCUGGAGGCGGAGGCGAGGGAGUUUAGGGGUGCAUGGGAGCGGGCGCAGAAUAUUCUGGACCAGAAAGAGGGGGAGAUGGCUAAGUUGAAAGCGCAGGUUAGGGGGUUGAAGGAGUGGGUGAGUGUGAGUACGCGGGCGGAUGGGGAGGCUAGGAUGAGUGAUGAGGUGUUUGGGGAAGGGAUGGCGAAGUUGGGGAAUGGGUUGCAGAAUUGGGUGCUGGUGAAUUUUAGGAGGGCCAAAAUCGGUGAGUGGAUGUCUGGGUGUCGAGGCUCUCUGGGCCUGGUUGGCAGAGGCAGAGGAGAAAAUGGACGGUCGUCACUGACACGCGCUACUACAGACUUGUCUGGGGCGGAUGAAGCUACGAUAUCGGAAUUGGCCCGUCUGGUGCCCAUGUACGAAGAACUAGCCUCGACCUCGAAAAUCAACUUGCUUCAGUCGGCUGUCUCGCGGUUGUUUGUGGAACUCGUGUUUGACGCCUACUUUGUUGGGCUCCCAGCGGAUGUUGCAGCGCAGAUAAAACAGGUGGAGGGGUUCCUCUCGUCUGCCGCAGCUUCGCCGGAAUCCAUCAACCAAUGGCGCUCUCUAACCCUAACCAUUCUCAAAAAAGACGCCAACGCUAACGAACCCAACAACCUCCUCGAACACGAAACCGCCGCCGUCAUCCACACCGUCAUCUCCCACGUCAACGCCCUCCUCGACCCUCUCACCCACACCCAGUCCAACGACACCCGCGACCAAGGCCUGCAGGCACUCGUCACCAGCGCAGUCGAGCUCUCACGGCUACUAGCGGUACAAAAAGCCGUGUUCAGCGUCGAGAUGCCGGUGAUCCUGCCACAUCAGCGAACGGUCUUUGACGCAGAGACGAUGGAGGAUAUUGGAGGGGGUGGGGACGGAUACGGGUACGGGGAUGAUGAUGAUGACGGUGCGGAUGCAGAGGGGGCCGUGGGGGAUCGGCCCGUUAGGGAGAUUUGUUGCGUCACGUUUCCCGGGAUCAUCAAGAGGGGGGAUGAGAGCGGUGCGCAUUUGCAGUACCGGAAUGUCAUUGCCAAGGCUAAGGUGCUUUGCGUGACGGAGUAG